GGCGAAUAGCUUGGUAGUCAAGCGCUAUGUAACCGGUACAUGGCGAAAACUCAUUCCCUAUUGAAAAGUGACUUUCUUGCAUGCCUGGUUGUUGCAGACAGUCACGAUGGCCGCUUUCCUUUUAAACGUUUUGGAUUCAGCUUUUGAACUUUCUUGAUUAUCUCUUUUGCAUUUUCCCCUGAGACUAUACAGAUCAGCAAAGUCACUUUGACGUUAACUAAGAACAAUAAUUGUCAACAAACUUUGACGUAUUGAUCCUUAACAUCAUUAAUAUUAACCACUUCCUUCUUCCCAACUACACGACAUGAUGUCUUCGAAACCCAUUUUCGUGGCAACUCACCCGAGAGCGUGCUCUACGGCGUUUGAGCGAGUGUUCAUGACUCGUCGGGAUAUGACUUGUGCCCAUGAACCUUUUGGUGAUGCCUACUACUAUGGCCCUGAGAGACUUCACGACAGAUAUGAGGCCGAGGACAAGAGACUCUCGAGUGGUUUCUCAAAGACCACCUACCAAGAUGUCCUGAACAGACUUGACGAGGACGGCAGUGACGGCAAGCGAGUUUUCAUCAAAGAUAUGGCAUAUUACCUGAUGUCACCAGACGGAAAGCCCACAACAUUGGCUCCCUCUGUCUGCAGUAAUCAGGCGAACGGCCAGGCCAAUGGUGAGGUCUCUAACGGCAUUAAGAAGGGUGUUGGCACGACCGAGCCUGGUAACCCCACGGUGCUUCCUCUCGAUGUUCUGAAGAAGUACCACUUCACUUUCCUCAUCCGUCACCCCAGACGCGGAAUUCCGUCGUUCUUCCGUUGCACAAUCCCACCACUAGACGAGGUUACGGGCUGGGGCAAGUUCAAUGCCAACGAGGCAGGCUAUGUCGAGCUUCGUACCAUGUUCGACUACCUCAGGGCACAAGGUCUUGUUGGACCUCACAUGGCUGAAGCCGCUGAGGACCCUGCAAAGAGCCAAGCGAAUGGCACCAACGGACACGCCAACGGCCACAGCAAUGGUCAUAAGCCAGACGAGGUCACCAUCACAGUCAUCGAUGCUGACGACCUCCUUGAUCAUCCCAAGGAGAUCAUCGAGGCCUUCUGCAAGGAGACUGGAGUGCCUUUCACACCCGACAUGCUGAACUGGGACGACCCAGAGAACCAACAGCACGUUGAGGAGGCUUUUGCCAAGUGGAAUGGCUGGCACAAUGAUGCCAUCAAGAGCAAGAACCUCUCACCGAGGACACAUGCUCACAAAUCGGUCUCGGAAGAAACCGAAGACGAACAGUGGCGUGAGAAAUAUGGUGAGGAAGGAGCGAAGGAGAUUCGUGCAUGCGUGAACGAGAACGUUCCGCACUACGAGUACUUGAAGCAGUUUGCGAUCAAGGUUGAGAACUUGGGCGUUUAAUGUGUUGUUGGUUGCAUUCUAUAGCGUAUGAUACAUUUUUUGGCGUACAAUAAAGUACAGAAUAUCUC